CAUCUGUACAUACAUGUAUCGCAUAUUAUCGACAAUCGAUUGUUCGUAUGUAGGUAAGUUACCGACGUAUGAUAAGUAAAGAAAUUUCAACGCAGAAGGGAAUACAGCACGUGCACACAUUAUACACGCGAUACGAUAUCUAUAUUGAAGCUUGACGAUCCUGGCUCGUCGUUUGUGCCACUAGUCAUUCAGUAAAAUGGGGGUACGGUAGGAUGCAUUCUUUCGUGUCGAAUCGCGCGAAGAAGCUCUGUGAUUUGUAAUAUCUCGUGAAUAAUAAUAAUAAAUCAUUACGAUUACGAUGAGGUUAUACGAGGCUACCUAAAAAGGGAUGAUCAUCUAAUCGAUUAUAUUAGUUCGUUCGUCGUUCGUCGAACGUAAAAAAAAAAAGGAAAGAGAUAAAGAUUAAAGUAAAAGAAGAAAAAAAAAAUUCGAUCGAGAGUGCAUUGAGUGCCUAACUUCGUGUCUGUCGUUGUCGUCGUUGUACGGUGGAUUUGACACUUCGAAAAAAAAAAGAAAAGAAAACAAAAAAUCAAGAACUCGUUAUAUCACACCCCGCCUCCCCCCUUUUACAUUUCUUUAUAUUUUGUCUUAAUUUAUUUUCACGGAUACACGUAUACGACACACACAUAACAUACACAACACACACAUACGUACGUACGUAAGUUUUGAUUAAUUAAUUAAAUCUUUUUUGGAGUUGUGUCGAAGCUCGUUAUGUCUGGAAAUCAUAAAACGUUUAAUAAUAAAACAAAGUGUCCUUCGGAGUACGUAAAGUUAAAUAUCGGUGGUUCUUUGCAUUAUACGACUUUGGGAACAUUGCAAAAACAUGACACGAUGUUACGCGCCAUGUUCAGUGGUCGUAUGGAGGUUCUUACCGACUCCGAAGGAUGGGUAUUAAUUGAUCGGUGUGGGAAACACUUUGGUACAAUAUUGAAUUUCCUAAGAGACGGUUCAGUUCCAUUGCCAGAAAGCGCUAAAGAAAUGGCAGAACUUUUAUCGGAAGCUAAAUACUAUUGUAUUAGCGAGUUAGCAGAAUCAUGUGAGCAAGCACUUCUUAGGAAAGAACGUGAAGCUGAAUCCAUUUGUACCGUCUCACUGAUUACGUCUCAAAGAGAAGAACAACUUCUUAUAAGUAAUACUGCUAAGCCAGUAGUAAAACUUAUUAUAAAUAGGCACAAUAACAAAUACUCAUAUACAAGUACAUCAGACGACAAUCUAUUAAAAAAUAUAGAAUUAUUUGAUAAAAUGUCUCUUAGAUUUAAUGGUAGGGUGCUAUUUAUCAAGGAUGUUAUCGGUUCAAGUGAAAUUUGCUGUUGGACAUUUUACGGCCAUGGUCGUAAAGUAGCCGAAGUAUGCUGCCAUUCGAUUGUAUAUACAACAGAUAAAAAACAUACAAAGGUCGAAUUUCCAGAAGCUCGCAUUUAUGAGGAAAUGUUAAAUAUUUUAUUAUACGAACAUCGUAAUGGACCAGAUCAAGAAUUAAUGCAGGCAACAUCUUCUCGUGGUGCUGUGGGUGGUGCACCACCUUGUACAUCAGAUGAAGAAGAGGGUGAGCGUUCCGGUUUGGCUCGCCUUCGCUCCAACAAACAAAAUACCAACUGACCCAGCCUGCCUAUCCUUAACACGUUAAGCGCUAAGCCUCUUUUGUUGAGUUUUCCAUUUAGGCCACGAUGAACACUAUCGGCCAUAGAAGAUACGGAAAUGUUACUUAUCAGUGAUCAACAUGGCUUAGAUAGAAUAUCUAAAGCUGGUUGCUCUGUAAAGACUGGUAUGGCGUUUAACGUGUUAAUCCGCAAUAUCCAGCAAUUUGUACAAUUUUUAAUGUUGUUCGCUCUCUUAAAACUCUAACUAAUAUAAAAUAGGAUAAACAUACAUAUAUUAGUAAAAGGUAGGAGAUGCGACACACACAUAGACACUAAAAAAAAAAAACAAUUCGGUGUGCCCUUACUCCUCAUUCUUUCUAUCUUUCUUUUUAUUUUUAUUUUCAUUUUUUUUUCUUUACACAAAAAUACAUAAAUUACAAUGUUAAGCAAUCAAAACUAAACGACAGGCUAUAUCUCAUUGAAUUUUGUAUCGCAAUAGUAUUUUUUUGUUAUUAUUUGUUGCUGCUACUACUGCUGCUGCCGUAACGGUGUAUCUUAAUUCCUCACAUAUGUUUAGAAUAGUAUUGAAAUUGAUGUCAAAGCAGAAUGACUAACUCACCUUUUUAGAUAUAUUCUACCUGUUAAAGUUAAAAUGGAUUACAUUUUUUCAGACUUUUAUCGUAAGAAUUAAUGAUAUAUAUAUAUAUAUAUACGGGAGAUUAGAUAUCUAAGAACUUUUUAUGUGCCAAACAUUAUAAGUCCAAAUUGUCAUUCUGCAAUGAAUGGAAUUACUAAAUUAUAAUGCAUUUUAUAUCAUAUUAGAAUUGCACUGUUACCUCUGUUAUGAGUAUUAGAUAUACUGUUAUUAUUAUUUCUUAUUAUUAUUAUUAUUAUUAUUAUUAUUAUUACUACAAUCAUCAUCGUCAUUUAUUACUUUUACCACCAUUACCUGCAAUCACUUUUCAAUUAGUACUAUAUUUUAUUAAUAUUAUAUUAUUAUAAUUGUUAUACUUUUAAUGACGUUGUCAUUUUCAUUAUUU